AUGGCGGCUUUUGGUGUCGUUUUCCCAAGAAUCGAGCCCAAGCUUGCUCGUCUUCAGAAUGAUUACUGGAAACAUUUGGCUACUAGCCAUGCCUAUAAAGUGAACUUCUAUUAUAGGACUAUUGUUAGGGAUUGUGAAGAUGCACAACUUCCUCAAUACAAAUUUGAUUUGUGUCCUUCGACAAAAUCCUUAAACAAUAGGUCAAUGAGCAAGUGGUAUUAUAACUCAUGCAAGAAUUGUAACAAAAAGGUUGACUAUGAAGGUGGUGGAAAAUACUGGUGCAAAAAAUGUGACUCACACGUCAAAUCUGCACCACCAAGGUAUAAACUUACAAUUAUAGUAGAGGAUGAUAGUGGAACUGCCAGUUUUGUUAUGUUUGAUCGGGAAGUUUAUCAAAUUUUGCAAAUAUCUGCAGUGGAUUUGAAAGAGAAGUUAUCAAAGGAUGGCAAAGAUGAUUCAUCAUUUCUGGAAGAACUUGACAUGCUUAUCAAUAGGAAAUUGUUGUUCCGAUUUCAUAUCUCUAAAUACAAUCUUAGUCAUAGUUGGGAUAAGUAUAUUGUUCUAAGAAUAAGUGAUGAUGAACAAUUGAUCAAAUCAUUCUUGGAUGUCAAUGGUGGUUUGCAGGAAAAGGAUGUGGAGAUUGAGUCUAUUGAUGAAUCAAGUAAAUCUUCGGUCGUGAAAGAUAAGGAAUUGGCCACCGUUGUAUGUGAUAAUGAAAAUCCUAAUGUAUCCUUUAUCACUCCAACAAAAAGACCUCUUGAUGAUGCUACAAAUGUAGGGAUUGACGAUGAAACAAGUUCGGCACAACGCUCUACUAACAAAAAGAAGGUCGUGGUUAAGAUUGAAAAGGAAGACAAUACCAACAAUGGAUGA